CAACACUUGUCCUUGCCUUUUCAGUAUACGGUAUAUUUGCUUUUUUAUUAUUAUUUAUAUUUAAUCAUUUAAUUUUCCUUUUUGCUCUAUCGUGAAUUUCUUUUCUUUUUUUCCUUGCCUUUCGUUAAUCUUGGAUGACAGGAAUAUAACACCCGAUGAAAGAUUGAUUUUAACGGCUGAUUCAAGAUGUCAAUACGUAAAGUUCACAAUGCUUACUGUGCCCUCGAUGUCAUCUGUUUUGUUUUGGUUGGCUUUGCAAACCUUCUUCUUCAUGUCACAAACAUCCAGCCUUCGAAACGAGGAUUUCAUUGCGAUGAUGAGUCCAUCACAAUGCCAUUUAGAGAAGAAACUAUUUCUACUUUAACAGCACUGUUUGUUGGUCUAGCACUUGGAGUAUUAACGAUUAUAGUCUGUGAGAUCCUUCGCCAUUUUGUCUUCAAGUUCAAACCUCGAGGUGCAGGGAGAGACAAUUUCUAUAUCAAACUUGGCCCAAUAACGUUGAAAGCAUGGCAGAGAAGGAUUUUGUUUCUUAUAUUCAUGUUUGGUUUUGGAGCUGUUGUAGCGAACCUAUUCACUGAUGCUGGAAAGCUGUUGAUAGGUCGACUUCGACCAUAUUUUUUAGCUGUUUGCAAACCUGACUUCAGCAAAGUUAACUGCAGUGCAGGGAAAUUCAUCACUGAAGAUAUUUGCACUGGGGACAAGAAACAGAUUACUGAAGCAAGAAUGUCUUUCCCUUCUGGCCAUUCAACAUUUUCCAUGUAUUGUACAGUGUUUGUAGCUAUGUACCUAGAGACAGCUAUCCCAACCAGGAAAACUACUCUUUUCAAGCCAUUACUUCAAAUUUCAGUGAUCAUGCUUGGUGUUCUGUGUGCUUUGAGCAGAAUCUUUGACUACUGGCAUCACUGGGGUGAUGUUCUGACAGGAAUGGCAUUAGGAACACUUGUGGCAACAUUUAUUGUAUUCAAGCCCUUAUCACUAUUCUCCAGUAAUGCUGCUACAGAAUAUGACGUCAGUGUCAGGCAGCCCAGUGAUGUAGAGGCUGUCCAAGUACAAAGAAAUUCCCAAUUGUCGGAAAUUGCUUCCUGACAACAUUGCAGUCUUUUGCUUUUAUCCAUUGCAUGUUUUCGGCCAAUAUCAGCCUUAACUUUAGGGCUGGUUCACACGUCAUUAUAAGCAUAAACAUAAGCAUAAGAAACAUAGUACUAUUGUAAUUCUUAUGCUUAUGCUUAUGUACACCCGGUUCACACUUUGGAUUUGACAAGCAUCAGCAUAAGAAAAAGGAAAAGUUUCCAUUCCUUAUGCUUAUGCUUUGUGCAAGCCCAGCUGUUCACACUUGUGUUUCUUAUGCUUAUGUUUAUGUUUAUGCUUAUAUUAAAGUGUGAACCAGCCCUUAUUAUAUCUUCUUCAUGAUAAUCAAGACUGUUCUCAAAUAUUUUUAGGUCAGCUACACAUAGUAUAAAAUAAAAAUAGAUAACUUAGAUAAAAUGGUAUGAUAAAUAAAAUAGGAGAAGACCUCAAACAAACAAAAUCCAAGCUGGGGGAAGGGUUUGGCAACCUCUGCACCUCCAAUUUUCAUGCAGGAAAAAUAUGCAUUGAGAAAAUUUGUGCAAUCAGAGCUAAAACAAACAGUGAAAAUUGUGCCACAUCAUAAACAGGGGAGGAUCCAGGGGGUGUCCUGCAGUGAACUGGACACUCCCUAAUGCCGUAGUCUUAUAAUAACUCUUAUGCUUUUUUGAAGCAUAAUAUCACCAUAUACAUUCCUUUAUUUGGGACACCCGCCUUAACAAUUUCCUUGAUCUGUUCCUGAUAAAUGUAAGUUUUAAAAUAGGAGAGUCUCUUGUAAUGAGUAGUUUCCUAAGUAAUGCAUGCAUUUUGAACAGUCUUUUAUUGCUGGUUCUCAUAGCCAUCAUGUUGGAUGAAAUUAACAAAGAUUUGUCAUUAGUGUCUCUCGCUAUAUUAACGAGACUAUCACCAAUGACAACCAACAUGUCUUUGUUAUUUUAUCUGUUGGGAAUGCCUGAGAACCAGCAAAUAUAAAUAUUUUCUUAAACAAUAGCAGAAAUAUAUAUUUUUAAAUCUUUAA